CACCGUUAUCCCAUUCCCACCUGGAGAGGGUCAGCUCCAGCCAGGCACUGUCUGACGGGGCCAGGCCGAAGUCAAGCGUGGUGGGGAUGGCCUUUGGACAAACGUCAAGGGACAAAACAACUCAACCAACGAGGGUUCACUGUGGCAGUUUCGGUCUGGCUGCGUCACAUCGUAUCCGCUCCUUCUUAAGGGUUCCGACCAGAGUUGCUGACUUCCUUUCGUUCCGAACAGUGGAGCGGACUCUGUUUUGCCACCACCACUCCACUCCACUGCUAUUGCCGCCAGGUCGAUCCACUUGCGGUUUUUAGCUGCCCGGCCAUGGACAGCCUGCCCAACGAGCUGCUGCUGGAGGUGUUCUCGCGGCUCGAGGACGGCGAGGCGCUGCUUGACGGCGUGGCACUGGUGUGCAAGCGCUGGCACGCCCUGUCACGUGACCCGCAGGCCUGGCGCGGCGUGCGCGUCGAGUUCGGCAUGCUGGACUGGCACUGGCGAGGCGAUUCCCGCGCCGAGCGCGUCAAGAGAGAAAAGGCCGCCAUGGCCAAGGUGCGCGUGAUGCUGCACGCCCCAGUCUUGCGCUACCUCGGCUGGUCGUGGGAUUGCCCCGGGCCACACAUCAACGUACCGCAGGCCAUCACCCUGUCGGCUGUGCGUCGCAGCCGUGCGGCCAUACGCGAGAUCUACAUGGGCGGCGUGUCCUUCAUGGCCGACCCCGCCUGGGCUGUGUUCUACGGCCUGCUGUGGCGUAACAGGGAGCACCUGACCAGUCUGAGCGUGGAGACGCCUCAGGAGUGGGAGGAGGACGAAGAGGAGGAGGACAUGGUCGACGCAGCAGAGGCUGCGGACGACGACGUGGCCCUGGACCCUGACCUGGCCCUGGAGAAUGACCAGAACGACAAGGUGGCUGCCUGGGCCGAGGCAGACGGCCACGACUCUCGCUCCCUGCUGGAAGUGCUGGUGGAGCUGCGGUGCCUGGAAACGCUGCGGCUGGAAAUGCAGUUCUUUCUUCCGUACGCCGCGGAGUUCCAAGUCAAGGAGGACCUACUGCCCGCGCUGAGGUCCCUGUACUUGCAGGAGGAGGGCCCUCCCCAGCUGAUGGUGGACUUGGUGCGCGGCACUGCCGCCAGGCUGCGCCACCUCCGCCUGCCCGACGAGCACCAGCUGGGCAGGUUCCUGAUCCGAGCCGGCAAGAAACCGCGCGGCCUGCCGCCCAAGCUGCUGGAGAGCGUGUCGCACUGCGCCCAGCUCCGCAGCCUGGCCGCCAACCUCAUGCACGUGGGCUGCGUGGUCGGCUUGCGGCACCUGCACUCCCUGGAGCUGUGGCUGUCUGAACAGGAGGUGCAGCCCAAGGAUGCCAUUCGCAUCGCAGUCCUGCUGGCACAGCACGGCGAGGCUCUGGCUGGGGUCCGUCGCCUCUCGUUCCAGUGCAACGGGGGGUUCGCGGAAGAGAAGUUCUGGGAGGCGGCCAGACCCGCGGUGGCGCAGCUGCUUUUGGCCGUGGCUCGCGCGGCGCACAACGCCACCCAAGUGCGAAUAUGGCUGGACGAUGGCUUCGAGGACUUGGUAGAGGAACUCCUUGGCUGCAUGCCCCUCCUUGAAGAUGUCGACCUCCAUUGGGCUGGGAAGAACGACUACGUGAAGGCGCUCGCCGCACUGCCAAAUCUGCGACGGUUAUCCGAGAUCACAAGCCCAGCGAAGCCAGCUGUGAUCACAGCCUUGAAGGCGGCGCGACCAGACCUGGAGCACCUGGAGCAGGGGGUGCGGUUGUCCUGCGCGUGGGACUCUUGGGGGCUUUUUUAAUGCCCAAUUACGCAUGCACAGAUACUUGCGUCAAGUGUGCAUAUUAUUACGCAUCAUUGUGUACAUUUUAUGCACAUCCCUGCUUAAAAUGUAUACAGCGAUGUAUAAUAUUAUGCACAUCUUACGUACGUGUCUGUGCAUGCAAUAUUUUGCAUAGAAAAGUCCACAAGAAUUGAGUGUGCUCUUUUAGAGGCUCUUGUGGUUAAGCAAGAAAGUCAUGGCCGUUGCGCAUGUCAACUUCAAGUACUAGGGUUGGUGGUUGGUUGAAUGUGACACAAUGUGUAGAGUUUAUAAUAAAAUUAAAGUCUUGUUUAUCAAAGCUGCAAUGUAUGUUGUUGCGGGCCCACUUUAUUGGUGCGGCUGCCUGUCUGUUGACUUGUGAAUGAAUUUCAAGUUACUUUGUUCGUUCUCUUGUUAACAUAUCCGUGUGUAGUUUUUUCUUUGCUCCAAGAAUUUAAUUUUGUAAUGAAUUAAAUAAAGUGUUUUCUUAUUAUUAAGGUGUUGUCACAAAAUAAACG